AGAAUUGGCUACAGGAAUCACUUUGCUUCCGUGGGCUUUUUGCAUCCUCUGUUUCAUUUGUCUUUCUGAGGACUCAGUGUAGAAGAUCUUGCUUUCUCCACGUCAGACAAUCAUCCCAAAAUCCUAAGGAAAUGGACUUCUCUGGCUGUGCUUUAGUAAAAAGAGCGAAUGCAUCUACAUACCACCACAGGGAGACAGAGUUCAACAGUUCCUCAAAUUUGGAUGACGCUUCUUUCUACUAUUUGCUGGAGGAAUGGGCUCUCAACCCAUCAGGCAUAAAGAUGAAGAUGUUUUUAAUCCCUCCAGUUGUCUGCCUCGUGGCAGGUGUCCUCAUCAUUCCGACCAUCUUAUUUGUGAUCUUCUCUAGGUUUAGCAUCCGUCAGGAAACAAGGUACAUGCUGCUGGGAAAUGCUCUGCUUUCUGAUUUGAUCUACCUGUUGUUCUACACCCUGUCAGCUGCUCUCAAUGCAGCCCAUGUACAUCUCCCAAAGGAAGCUUGUGUCCUCCUAUUAUUUUUGCUGGCAGUGGCUUACUGUGGAGGAUUGUUCACAGCUGCUGCAAUAGUCUUGGACACAUACAUAGCUAUUUCAUUUCCUUUGCGCUACAUUGCUAUUUUGCCUCCUUCACUAACUAAAAAAAUUAUUGUAUUACUAUGGAUGUGUUCUGGGGCUUUCCCUGGGAUUUUCUUCUUGGUGCUCUCGAGCACUCACAGCUUUGUGCCCUGUGUCCUGGAAAUGUGCUCAGUUCCAGUAAUACUAAUAUUAACUCUGAAUGGGACGGAUGCUGUGAAACUCUGUUUCUGGCUUUCUACCACAGUUAUCUUUCUCUGCCUGUGUCUAAUAUUUUGUUGCUAUGCUAUCCUGUAUUUUAAAACCAAACAAUCGGGUAUAUGGGAGAGCAUUUUCUCCAGAGCCAGUGUAACAUUCUUAAUGCAUAACACUGUGUUAUUUUUUUACUUCUUUCCACUCUUGGCCCUUUUUGUAGAAUCAUUCUUGUGCAUUAAUGUUGUCAUCAGACCGCAGACAGGAAUCUGGGUCUCCCUGACAGUCUGCAAUGUCCUGAUGAUUCUGCCUAAAGUUUUGUUCCCUUUUCUAUAUGGGCUUCGAUACAGAGAGAUCUCAGCAUCUCUCAAAUCCAUUGUCAGAAGGAAGCAUCUUCGCCUGGUGUCACCUGCUCCAACACCAUCCUGAGCCAACGCAGAGCACAGACACAGCACAGGAGUUGUCCUUACCUUGUUAGCAUGCAAGCCUCAUGGAAGUCACUCAGCUUGUGAAGAAGAAGUGAUCAACCCAUAUUUGAGAAGACAUGGGUUGAUCACUCUGCCUCAGUGCCAGAAGGCCACAGAUCUUUCAUCACAUCACAGUUCUAAGUUUUCUUCUGAUGUGGGAAGGCAGUAUCUUUUGGAUAAGAUAUUGAAUAAGGUAACUUUCACCCACCUGUGACAGAUGCCUUUCUGGAAAAUGGAAAAUUAAAACUAGAUGGUGCAAAGCAAAGAGGGUAACCACAGGUCUCUCGACAUCAUCGCCUACAGCAGAGAGGAUCCUUAACCAGACGUGCUGUGAUAAGAACAGCUAUUUCUUUCACUCACAAUGUAUUCUUCUAAGGUUGGUAGCCAGUAUGCUAUUCUCUAAAACAUACACUGAGAGAUGCCUCUGGAAACUGCUGUACUCCGCGAUACGCUGUGCUUCAUCUUGUGCGGUGUGCUAGCGUAUUAGCUGCCUGACGGAUUCUGUCUGACAAUCUGCAAAAUGCUGAAUUUUUAUAAAAUCUCAGUCUGAUGGGAAGUCACCUUUGAUCAGUGUCUGUUGGGCAGCCAAGCAUGUAUCGCUGUCAGGGAGUAACAGAGAUGGACGGGCUGCUCAGUGAGGGAAAACGAGCCGGGAGCAGGGGGUGGCAGUGCCUCGCUGCAGGGUGCAGUCCCGCUGUGCCCGUGCCGGGUGAGCCGAGCGGGUGUCUGUGGGCAGCCUGGGCCAGCCCAGAGCCCUGAGUCCCUGCUGGGUCCAUACUGGUGUGACCAGGCCAGGGCUGAGCCCGGCAGCUGGGGCAGCUGGGCAGGAGCAGCGAGGUGCGAGGCUGGUACAGGUGUACCCACGGCAUGGCUCGGACAUGACCCGGGGCGAGGGACUAGGUGUAAACUCUGCUCCUGAGGCCCUGCCGAGGCAUCUCCCAGUUCUGGCUUGCAAAAACCUUCUCUAGCAGCCUGACCCCAGGUUACAGCUGCACCAAGUCAGGUCCGGUGUUGGGUACCUGCCACCAAACCCCUAGGAAGGUCAGGAGGAGAGGCUGCAGAGCUUGGUGAUAUACUCAGGGGAAAGAAAGAUGAUAUCUUGUAAGAGCCUUUUAGGUUUUCCAGGUCAACCACCUACCUGUAGAAGAUGAGUGAAACAUAUUUCUGAUCUUUAAAGAAGACAAAAUUUCAUUAGACAUAAACAUCGGUAUGGGAACUGUAAAUUGCAGUGUCGUUCCUUGGACUUGAGAAAAGAGCCUUUGUAUUUUUAAAGAUAAUAUUUUUAGAGUUUGCUACUUUUUAUAC